ACCCCAACGCUUUUCUGCAUGUAAUAAAUGGGCGGAGAUCUGAACUACACUUUAGACAGUGCGGUACGGAGGUAUAUAGCAGUCUAGUAGCUUGAAACCAAGUGAGCAGAUCGGAGGGUUUGAGGUUCAAGAGUGUUUAUGUGAUCGAAAUACUAGUACCAGUCGAGAUGUUCAAGGCGUGUAUCGGUCUGAACUGUGCUCGGACUAUAGAUUUCAUCGAUCAUAGACACUGCAGUCUGACCUUCAUCCCUGAUGAUGUCUAUCGAAACGAGCAAACACUCGAAGAUCUGUUGUUGGACUGCAACAUGCUGCAGGAGUUGCCUGCGAAAUUCUUCCGACUUACGAACCUUCGAAAACUGACUCUUAGCGAGAAUGAUCUGAUGCGUAUCCCUCCUAACGUUGCCAACCUCACUAAGUUGACUGAGCUUGACAUCAGCAAGAAUGCAAUUGAAGAGCUACCCACUAACAUGCAGUUCUGCCGCUCCCUGCAAGUUCUUGACCUGUCUUCCAACCCUCUUCUCCGAACGCCAGAAACACUUUCGUCUGUAACAUCCCUCACUGAACUAUACAUUAAUGAUGUCAGUAUUCCUUCCCUCCCAAAUGAAAUUGGCAGCUUGUCUAACCUUCGUAUCCUGGAGAGCAGAGAGAACUUGCUGAAAUCACUACCAAUAAGCAUAAAAAAUCUAAAGAAGCUGCAAAGAUUGGAUGUUGGAAACAACGAGAUAGAGUCUUUGCCUAAUGAACUGGGGGAGAUGGAAGAGUUGAUGGAACUAUGGCUGGACGACAACUCAAUCCAAGAACUACCUCAUAGUAUUGUCCGGCUGAGCAACCUGGUAGUCCUGGACAUCACCAAGAACAAAGUGGCAUACUUUCCUCCAGGCUUCUCCCAGCUCACAUCCCUCUCUGAUCUUCAUGCAUCUGAGAACUGCCUUGAAGAACUCCCUGAAGACUUCGGGAAACUGAGGUCACUGCAUCUAGUGAAGUUGGACUACAAUCAUCUAAGAGAACUUCCAGAAAGUAUAGGAGAGUUGGAGCAUGUGACAGAGCUCCUCCUCUAUGACAAUAUGCUCGAGUGUCUACCACCCUCUCUCUUUCACAUGAAGUCCCUGGAGAUGCUAAAUGUGGACAGAAACCACAUAGCAGAGAUCCCUGGCACAGUGGGUGGCUGCCGCACAUUACACGUGCUAUCACUGAGAGAGAAUGAGCUGACUGAGCUGCCUGCCAACCUGGGUCAGCUGGAGGAGCUCACAGUCCUGGAUGUAGUUGGCAACAGGUUGAAUCACCUCCCUCUGAGUGUAAGCAACCUUCACUUGGAUGCACUUUGGAUUGAUAACAGCCAGUCUCAACCACUUGUGGCCUUACAUCCUGACUUGGAGUCUGAGCCGUCUGUUAACAAGAAACUGACAUGUGCAUACCUCCCACAACAAGGCCCAUACAGCCCAAGUCUAGAAAACUUCAUGGAGAGUGACAGCAUGUCAGAGGGCCAGUCAGUGGCCAGCUCUCUGCCCAGAGACCUGGAGAAGAGCAGCUCCAGCAAAGUAGUCCGAAUGGGAGUUGCCUUUGAUCCCUCAUCUGGACCCACUGAAACCGACCAGUCUUCAAAAUUGGUGAGAUUCCCCACCCCUUUUCGACGAGAUAUGAACAAAAAGAAAAAGAGGAUGAACAAGUACAAGCCCGGAGCCACUCCUACUACCACAAUCUUCAAAAAGGGAAGCUCGCAGGAUGAUCUACUGUCUUCUUUAUCAUCCUCUACCCAUGAGGCAAGUCCAGAGUCCAACCCUGCAAUAAAAUCAUCUGUGGAUUCCAUGGAGGUUGUUACGAUGCAGAUUGACGCCAGAAGAACCGAGUCUCCUGAUGACAAAGAAAUUCGUCACACAAGCCCUGGCCUAGCUAAGAUGUCUGGGAUGCAUAAUCUUGCUAGUUCAGAGGCCCUGGACCAGAGCAAGGCAACUGAUGAAACCUCUACUACUAGCGAUGCUCUAAAAGAUGCAGAGUAUUCGUAUGCUACGGAGGUCUCAGGGUUGUCUCAGUUGCAGACUGUAGAGGUGACUAUAGACCUUGUGAAGCAGCCAGGGAGGACAUUGGGUUUCUCCAUAGCUGGAGGCAGAGGGUCUACCCCAGCCUAUGAAGAUGUAGAUGAGAGUAUAUUUGUGACUAAGAUAGCAAGUGGUGGAUUAGCAGAGCAGGAUGGUAGGCUCAGGCUUGGAGAUAAACUCCUCAAGGUUAACAGUGUGAACAUGAUGAAUGCCACCCACACCGAGGCAGUGACAGUGCUCAAGAACGUGAAAGAGGUGUGCAGGAUGGUAGUGUCACGGGAGGUUCUGGUGGUCAUGCCAGAAGAGCAACUUGAGAAGACUGAAGACUCCCACACUCCGACUCCCACACGUGAGGAUACAGCGACUGUGUCAGCUGUUGCUGUUGCUGGAGUACCCACCUCUGAGCUCUCAGAUACUGGGGCCAGUGAGGAGGGAAGGGGCUUUGCCAAAAGGAUUGUAGCUGAGAUACUGGAUCGCUCUGUAACCAAGUACCGCAGUUCAUUAAUAGAGGGUGAUACGGACGCAGAUAAGAAGGAGGAGAGUAGUAGAUCAGACUCAGCUGGACCCAAGAGCAACUAUGUAAACUUUGACAUAGCCCAGACUGUGAUAGUGUCCUCCAGAGAGGCUGGCCAGGAGGAGGAGGAAGAGAAGGCAGCUGCUAAUGAGGAUUUUGGAACUGAGGAUAGGGAAGGGUCCAGGACACCUACUGAGGCCAACAGUUCUGUGCUGAGUCCAGAUGAUAGAGAUACCUUACCUUCUCGCACCUCAGUCCCUGCUGUACAUGUAAUGGAGACAAGUUUUGAUGAAGACGAUUACCCAACUGAAAAGGUAAUCUUGGAUCGUAGUGUGGGAAAACUAGGCCUCAGUAUCAUUGGGGGCUCUGAGCAUGCCUCCAGGAUAUUCGGAGAGGGUCGACCUGGCGUGUACAUAUCUAAGAUCACUGUUGGAGGUGCAGCAGAUGCAAGCAAAAUGCUCAGAUUGGGGGAUAGGAUACUUUCUGUGAAUGGUCAGAAUGUGCGCCACUCGACCCAUCAGCAGGUGGUACAGUGGCUAGUGUCCCAGCAAGGAAACAUCGAACUGCAAGUGCAGCAUGUCCCUCAACCUGCUGGGCUAGAGGUUAUAGUGAUAAAGAAAUCUGCUUCUGCCAAAUUGGGUGUCAGUAUCAAGGGAGGGACCAAAUCCACCAUGGGAAACCCUCUUGACUCAAACGACAAAGGAAUAUUUGUAUCAAAGAUCACGGCCAAAGGUGCGGUGGAGAAAGAUGGUCGGCUGAAGGUCGGGCAGAGGAUCCUGGAGAUCAAUGGAACCUCUCUGCUUGGAGCAACACAUAUUGUUGCAGUGAGAGCCUUGCGAAGCAACCCCAUGGAGGUAUCCCUACUUGUGUGCGAUGGCUACGACCCAAGGGAGGUGGUUCGUAGGGAGAAGGAACAAGAAAGGCUUAGCAUCGGCAGCAAUGCCAGUGCGACACUGGACACUUCCAGUCUCAGCAGUGAAGCAUCGCGAUCAUUGGAUGAUGCUGUCCGGAUUCUAAGUGAGAGCAUGGAUGCCCUACAUACGAUGCCAUAUGCUUCAGUGAGGCUGAGUUCCAAACUGAGUCAGAGCUCAGCUGCCAUUGUUGAUCACAGACCAGUGACUGCAGAGGAUCUGGAUGAUGUUCUUAAAGACCUUGCUGAAUUCAACAUGGGGACUUCUAGUAAGGAAACUCCAGACACCUCCACACCUGUACCUGCUUCAGAAUCACCUGCUCCUCCUCUUUUUGUGGAUUUCACUUCUGCCCUCACAUCUGAACUUUAUCCAUUGCAAAGCGGAGAUCAGCUCCCCCUUGGAUUACUAGGAGACGACACUCCAAAACCAUGCGAGUCGGAAAAGGAGAGUGCUGUGGACGAGACAGAAGAGUUUCCUCAGGUUCAGGUGGAGGACACCAGUAGCUACCUAGACCAGUUGGACAGUGAGGUCUCUCAUUUGCAAGAUGAAGUUUUGGAAGAGGAAAACCGUCUGGAGGAGGAAGGAAAGGAAGAAAAGACAGAAGAGCCCCAAGGUCGCCGCCUUACUUCCCAGCGCAGUAUGCCCCGGAUCCCUGUAGCAGAACCUAAUGUGCAACUUACUCCAGAGACCAAGCGCAGAAUCAUGAAAGAAAUUGAAAUUAAUGUGGAAUCCCCAAAAGAUGAAGGCCAGAAGAAAGAGGCUAUGGAUACAUUAAUUGGAGAGGUUUUUGAUGAGGUAUCAUUUGAUGAGUUUGAAGAGCAGCGCUCAGGGAGGUCUUCAGGUCGCAUUAGUGGAAGCCUCACUCCCACUACCGUAAGGCCAGCUUCUGGCCAGUGGGCCUCUACUGAUAUGACUGAGCUACUGUCUGCACUAAAUGCCGUUGGUAGGCAACAGGUAAGCAAGUUAUUGUAUUUCAAGUACACUGUAAAUCUAUCAGGUGUCUUCUGCCAGGCCGAUAAAAUGUUUUUGUUGACCAAAAUUCGUAAUAAUUGCAUAUCAUAAAGCUAUUGGGGGGUAAAAAGCAUACUGUUUGUUAAAUAUUAUACUGUGGCACAUGUACAAGAGAUCAACUGACCCCAGACAGAUCUCCUGCAUUUUGUCAACUAUUAAUUAAGGAUCUUUAUCUUAUACAUUCUAAUUAUGAUUUCUGUAGACUGUUGCAUGUCUUACACUGGCCCAUCAUAAACCAUUUUUGUCUUUUGUUUGUACAUACAUGUAGAAUAAUUAGCAAAUACUAUACACUGCGUAUGUGCAACUCGUUCUGUAGGCACGAGUUGAGGUUGCUCCAGCAGUCCCAGUUGUGAAACUUGUUGCAGAAACCCAAGAGACACGAGACACAGUAAAGCUGGAAGCUGCCCCACCAGUUAGCAGUGUGUCUCUCUCAGCAAAUACAGAUGACAGAAAGUCCCAAACACUAACGCCAGCAUCAAACACACACGGAGUUUUACUUCGUGCUGAACCUGGCAAUAAGGAUCCAACUAUGAGGAAAUCCGCUCCUCCUAAGGUUGCAGAAAAGCCUGUGCAUGUUGAUCCAGACAAGCUCUCUUUUAAAGAGAAGCUAGCACUGCACAAGAGGACAUUGGAGGAGCAUAGUGACUCUGCUGUGAAACCUCUCCUACGACCAUCGAGCUCUCAGGGAGGGUAUAGAAGGCCAACUACUCCUGAACUAACUGUGAGUAGGGCAUCAGAUCAGGCCACUUCUACAGAUGAUACUGGCUCUAAAGUGAGUAGGGCAUCUGAACAGGCUACUCCUUUAGAUGAUACCAGCUCUGAAGAGUGUAUUUCUCCGAAAUUGACUGAAGAACAGCUUUCAGCUGAAGAGAGAAGACUAAACAGAAUAGUUAAUAGACCUGCAAAGUAUCAGGUAACUCCUACAACAUCCACUGUUGAGCAAAAUGGAGAAACUCCCACCAUUAAAACUACUACCAUCCACAUUGCUCAAAACACGGGAUUGAGCACGAACACCAACAACAAUAACAGUAAUGCUUCCGAUAGUGCCAGCCACUGUGGACUAUCUGCAUCUCCUGUAUCCUACACCCCUCAAGUACAUCCUCCAGUAACAUUUAUCACAAGACAAAACGUACAGGAGCGAGAAAAAACAAAGACAUGGAGGGACCAUACAGAACUGCAGAGUCAGAAAAAAGUUGGACUUGAAUCCAAAAUUGCUGCCGACAAACCCAGCUCAGACACAUUGUAGUGAGCAUAACACAUAUAAUAGUGGUAUAUAGAUCUAAGUGUAUUUAUGGAAAAGUUACUGAUUUUUAUAAUCCAUUUGAUUAGCUCUGAUUGUAGUGCAACUGUUACAGUCAACAUUUGCAUUAAUAUUUUUAUUGCUUGUGCUACUUAGAUACUUGAUACAUUUUUUGUCUGCCAUUUUUCAGUAUCUGCACAGAAUUAUUUUAAACUCACCCCAACUUUUUUCUUUAAUCGUUAUAGCAUUAUUAGGAGCAUGAGCAUUGUGCAUUACUGCUAUUACCAAUUACAACUUCACGAAUAGUACAGAAAAGUGCAUUCAGAUCAUGCACUUUACCACCCUUAUGGAAGAAUCUCAUAGGAUACAUACAUAUCUAGUCUCGGUACCAGUCCCU